AUGAGUUCAAGAGCACUAAAGAAAUUAGGCGGAAAGAGUCUCGAGGAUGAAUUAAAGAAAUUGGAUAUAAAUGUCUCUUCUGAAGAAGAGAAAGAAGAGGCUGCUCAAAACGAAGCUCAACCGGCAGCAAACCAACCCAAGUUCAAUGCCUUUGCAUUUCUCGGUGGAGAUGGCGAUGACGAGGAUGACGAAGAGGAUGAAGAGGAACACGCUGAACGGGAACACAUACAACAGGAGAAAAAACCCGUGCAAACGCCAAAGGUUGUUGAAAAUUCAAAAAAGAAAUCCAAAAAGAAAAAGAAGGCCAAGAACAAAUCAAGGUCUUCCACGCCUGCACUAGAAGAAGAGAAAGAAGACGAAGAUGACAUUGAUAAGAUUCUCGCGGAUGUACAACGACAAGAACAGGAUACUAAGCCGACAGUAGAGUCUUUUGAUUUCGAAGAAGAAUACGACGCGACGUUGGAGCCGUCUGAAGUUUACGAUUCUAACUUCAAGAAUUUUACCACAGAGAGGCUCAAAAAGUCGCUUCCAUUGUUAUCCAUUGGAUCAUACAAAAACCUCGAUCAGGAUCAGGAAUACAAAAAUUUAUUCGGCAACUCGUUAUCUACGGAAUUAAUUGAGGAUGCAAAUGCAACUACAUCAUUGGCAAUCUCACCAGAAGUACUACAACAGUUUAAGAAAUUGGGCAAAAUGAUACGGAAUUGGGGUGGAAAAGAUCGUAGGAGUAUCCCUGGAACGUCUCGGAAGUUGCUUUUGUCCAAGAUUCGAGAUGAUUGGUUCCCCACACAGUUGAAGAGUGUUACGAUGGAGGAGUUGACCGAGGAUAAGGUGUUUGAAUCACUCAAGUAUAAGGAGGAUGAUAUCGAUGACACCGACUUACACGUCAAAGUGUCUAAGGAAAGAAACUUGGGAGUGAGAUACUUUAGAUUCAACAAAGUGAAUGACACAAAGAGUAGGGUCGCAAAUACCCGUUUCUAUGCAUCGACUGUGCUCACACCUGACCCAGAGUCGCUAAUGCAAUUGUUACAGCAACACCCAUACCAUCAAGAAACCUUGUUGCAAGUGGCAAUGGUUUUACUAAGACAAGGUGACAACAAGGCCACUUCGAACGCGUUAAUAGAGAGAUGCUUGUUUACGUUCGAUAGGAGCUUUCAUAAGACUUUUCAUGAGUUAGUCUCGUCAGCGGAAAAUGGAUUAAUUAGAUUACCUUAUGAGUCCUUUGCCAACAGACAGUUUUACUUGAACUUGUUUAGAUAUAUUGUGUCCUUGGGUGAGAGGUCACUUUUUGAAACAGCAUUGACAUUUUGCAAAUUUUUGAUGAGUUUGGCACCAGCAGAGGAUCCCAUGGGUGUCCGUUACUUUAUUGACUUUUAUUGCAUAAUGAGUGAAGAAUACCAAUACUUGAUCCAAUUAUCGAGGUCUCCUUUGGUUACAUCCUAUACAAGAUGGUACACCCCAGGAAUUGCAUUCUCAACUGUGUUAGCUUAUCUUAAGCUAAACCAAAUCAAAGAUGCAGAAAAGGAAUUACAAAGGGCUUUUGAGGCGUACCCCUUUGUUGCAUACAAACUACUUACUGAUAUUGCUCUCUCUAGCGUUGCCGGUGUCAAGGAAUCUUCUUUCAAAGUUACUAGCGAAAUAGCAGUCAGUGCCGAGACUUACUUGGUGAGAGCAAAGUUAUUGUGGCAAAAUCAUCUCGACUUUUUGUCUACUAAUUUGGAGAACCUUUUCAAGACAAAGUACAAGCCAGCAUCGGUGACAUAUACUAGUUCACUUCUUGGAUUGCUAAGUCUUGGAAGCAACCUUGACGAAGCAUCAAAAGAGCUCCCAUUUAAUUUGAUAAGGUUUGCCAUUUUAUCCGGAGAAAACAAAAUAAUGGCAAAGCUACCCAAAUCCAUAUGGAACAGAGACGAUUUGUUUGAGUUUGACGUGUUACCACCAAAGGACGAGGUGGAUAGAUUCUUUGUAUCAAAGAAAAUUUGUGAUUCGUUGAUUGAUUAUGUCGAUCAAAACCUACUUGGAGCCAUAGUACAAGAGAAUACACGACGCGGUGACCUACAAGUGAGCCCAGAAGAGGUGGCUGCAUUGGAAGCAGCGUUUCGUGAAGCUGAGCAUGUAGAUGAGUAA